AUGCAACUCGAAUACGGAUUAAGAAGCCUAAAGGACUUGAAAUUAAUAAAGAAUUUCACAAAUUUAUUUGAUUUACCUGCAGAAGUGAAGAUAUUCAAAUACUCAAAUUGCGGUCAAUACUUAGCAUAUGCUCUAUCUGAUAGUGUUAUAAUCGCAAACUCUGCCGGUAGCACUCUAUCACAGUUGAAUAUCAAGCAAUGUCAAGAUUUACAAUUCAGCUGUAAAUCAACUUACUUACAGACUUGGACUAGAUCCGUUAGACUCGAUAAUCAAGAUUUCAGUGAAAAUGUUGAAAUUUGGUCGUUGGACGGCACAAAACAAUUCUCAACAACAGUAAAGCAAAUAGAGAACUGGACGUUGAAUUUCACUUCAGAUGAUAAAUACGCUGUGAAGCAACAAUCCAAUGAAAUCCUAGUUUACGAUACUGCAAACUGGUCGAAAGGAUUCACCAACAAAUUAAAGGUCGAUGGUAUGAUCACUUAUUCUCUCUCACCUGGUCAGAAUCCACACUUGGCUACUUUCAUAGCAGAGAAGAAAGGUGCUCCUGCUUCACUGAGAUUAUACUCCUUGGUUGGUCUAUCAAACAGCUCAAAGCCAGUAUCACAAAAGACCUUCUUCAAAGCAGACAGAGUCAUGAUGAAGUGGAAUGACAUUGGUACAACCCUUUUAUUCCAAACUCAAACAGAUUUUGACAAAACCAACAAAAAUUACUACGGUGAAUCCAACUUAUACUUAUUAUCAACGAUCGGUGGGGGUUACGACGCGAGGAUUACUCUCGACAAACCAGGUCCUAUCCAUGACUUCAACUGGUCACCAAACAGCAAAGAAUUCAUCGUCAUCUACGGUUAUAUGCCUGCAAAGGCAACUCUUUUUGACCAAAGAGGUAAUCCAACCUUUGAUUUCGGUACAAAUCCUAGAAACUUCACCUUGUUCAACCCACAAGCUAGAUUUAUCCUCAUUGCAGGUUUCGGUAACUUGGCUGGUCAAGUUGAUAUUUGGGAUAGAAAAUCACUUAAGAAAGUUUGUCAAAUCGAUUGCUCAAACACGUCACACUGUGAAUGGUCACCUGAUGGAAGAUUCAUCCUCACAGCAACCUGUUCACCUAGAUUAAGAGUCGACAAUGGUGUAAAGGUCUGGCACUUGACUGGUAAACUGAUUGACAUAAAACCAAUUGAAGAAUUAUAUCAAGUGCAUUGGAGACCUCAAGAUGUAAGCAACUUCCCAGACUUUAAAUCAGAGAUUGAACCACCACCAACACCAAACCAAUCCGUUAUCCAAUAUCAAAACCCAUCUGACAGCAAACCAAAAGUCACUGGCGCAUACAAACCUCCUCACGCUAGAGGAACACCAUCAUCAUCUGGAACUUCUACGCCUAAAAGUAAACAGAUUCCAGGCGCGCCUUCACCAAAACCUCCACCUCAACGCAAGCAAAAAGAUAAUGCAUCACAAGCAUCACAAGCAUCAGCAUCAGCACAAAAUGAUCAACUCACUCCAGUGGAUAAAAAGGUUCGCAAUCUCACAAAGAAACUUAAAGCUAUUGAAGAACUCAAAGAUAAGCAAAACAAGGGUGAAAAAUUAGAAAAAACUCAAUUGGCUAAAUUAGACAGUGAAGAGGAGAUCACUAAGGAAAUUGCACAACUCAAAAUGUGA